AUGGGAAGAGGCUUCCUAGGAUUGAUACGACUCCAUAAUAGUUCGGCAGCAGUCUUAGCACAUAGCUUCGACACUCAAAACGGCACGACCACUGGUAUCAUUUUACGCAUAGACGAAGACGAAAUGAAAGUCAUCAAGAAAUAUAUCAUACACAACAGAGGACUUAUAGGACAACGGCUGUUCCUUCGAGCCAUUCUCACAAACCUAAGCCUUAAAGUAAGCAUGCAACACUUGUCGGAGGUGAAAGAAGACGUGAUGGACAUCGAGCAUAAUACAGGCCAGCAUACUUGGGACAAUUAUAGGCCUCGAGACUUGAAACUCAAAUCAGAUCUAGAGCUCUCCAGACUUGCACACGGUCUUCGAAUCCAAGUGGCAGUUCUCGCUCGGAAAAUUGAAGUAGCCUCGAUUUGGCUUCAGCUCUUACAAGAUGAUCUAAUAUCAACGACUGCAACAACGGCAUCGUCAUCUUGUGUAGUGUAUGACUUUCUCCAAGUCUCUAAUUUCAGUGUCCAACUCGAUUCAUCGACGAUGCUGCUACCUCAAUGGCUACGAAACUUGAAGACACAGAUCCAGCUGGCUAAGGUUGACGUAGAAUUGGUCGGUAAGAGGGCAGAGAUUCAGAUUGGGGCUCAACUCUUCGCACUCCCCCAACUGGAUGGCCAACCUUUCUGGAUGUACUGGAUCAUUACAACACCGCUUACCAUCGUUGUGUUAGGUUCGUGGAUAUAUUGGACACACUGGCGAAUCAGAAGUGUGGAGAAGCAAGAGAUGGAGAUGGACAAAGAAGCCAGGCGUUUAGCAACGGAGAAGCUCGCUUGA